UUCAGUGUUUAUCGAACUGCAAAGCGGUACAAGCCUUGACGUCUCUCUUUUUUGAAGGAAGUCCUAACAAAACGUCACAAUGUUGAUGCCAAAAAAGAAUAGGGUUGCCAUCUACGAAUACCUUUUCAAGGAAGGUGUUAUGGUAGCCAAAAAGGACUACCAUGCUCCAAAACACCCUGAAUUGGAAACUAUUCCCAACUUGGAAGUUAUCAAAGCUUUGCAAUCCUUGAAAUCCAGGGGUUUUGUUAAGGAACAAUUCGCAUGGAGGCACUUCUACUGGUACCUCACUAACGAAGGUAUUGAAUACUUGAGGACAUACCUCCAUUUGCCCCCAGAAAUUGUCCCAUCCACCCUUAAGAGACAAAUUCGCCCAGAAGCUCGCCCAAGGGCUGCUACUGUCAGGUCUGAACACUCUAAACCUUCUGAAGACCGUGCUGGAUACAGAAGGACUCCAGGUGGCCCACCCGGAGGUGACAAGAAAGCUGAUGUUGGCGCUGGAAACGCUGAUUUGGAAUUUAGAGGUGGUUUCGGCAGGGGCAGGAGUGCACCACAAUAAUUUUCAUAUUAUAAUUACAUAAUAAAACAUUAAAAAUUGA